CAGAGCUCCACAGUUCUCGCUCGUUCCUCCUUUCGAAUAGACGUUGGUGCGUUUGGUCUUAGCCUGGCAAAGAUGCCAUAGCCCCAGGGCCACUGAAAAAAAAACAAAGCUAUCAAUAAAUCAAUACGACAAACGAGUGAAGUGAAUAUAAUCGAAACCCCGAACCAAAAUCGAAUACGAAUAUGGCGCACAAUACCCGCAACUCCGAUUUAUCGCAGAUAGCGGUCAAUGCCAACAAUAUACCCGAUGAUAGUGUAGAUUGUGGAAUCAAGGGCUUGGGCUGGUGCCGCGGCCCAGGAUGCCAGAAGUUCGCCCGCCUGCGUACUUUUGUCUUGGUUUUGGCCAUUUCCGGUAUCUUCCAGGGCGUCUGCGAGUCCUAUUUCCGGGUUUCGGCCAAGCAGGCAGCCCUCGAAUUCGGAUACAGUACAUUGAUAGUCGACUGGCUGCUGGUGACCAGUGGUCUUGUUCAGGCAGUCUUUGCUUUGGCCUUUGCCUACUGGGCGGAUGUCUAUCAUCCCAUCAAAUGGCUGGUGGGCACUCUGAUGCUGCAGGCAGUCACCUGCGUGGUCUCCGUGAUUCCCUCCAUUAUGAACUUCGCGGAGGGCGCCAAGCCCAAGGACGCUCUGCUGGAUGCCAAUCUGUGCGCCACCUCGCUGGCCCAGUUCCAGAAGCUGACGCUGACCGAGGCCCAAAGCAGCACCCUCACACUGGCCAUGCUUUUCGUGCUCCAGCUGGCUCUGGGCAUGGGCGGACUGGCCUACUACACGCUGGGUGUGAGCUACAUUGAUGACAAUUCACUUUCGCAAGACAGCCCGGCGGUGAUAGCAGCCGCUUUGGCUGCCCGCGUCUUUGGCCAGCAAAUGGGCUCGCUCCUGGUCUUGGGAGUGGGAUUGACCCAUGUGGGCUGGUGGCUCGGCUGGGUGAUCAUCGCUCCCUUCAUUUUCGUGGGAGCCGUGAUGCUGGGACUAUUCCCCAAGCGGCUGCCCAAGACAGUGAUCCAUCAAGCCGCCCAGCGGAUCAUCGAACAGUCCAACAUGCGAGCCUUUGGCAGCCAGUUCUCCACUUACUUGGAUGACUCCGAUUUCUGGCCAUCGCUGAAGCGGCUCUUCAACAACCGCCUGCUCAUGUUUAACCUGCUGAGCAUCAUGUGUGUGCAGAGUGCCGUGGUGAACUUUGGUCUCCAGGAGGAGAGCUACCUGCAGAGUCGCUUCUUCCUGCCUUACAACGAGCAGGAUGGCCUCACGGAGGAGUGGACCUCGGCGUUUGUGUCCUACUUCCUCAAGCCGCCAGUUAUGGCUGUGGGCAUGCUCAUCAGUGGUUUGAUCAUCUCGAAGGCAAGACUUUCCGCUCGAACCAUCACUGGAAUCAAUAUUGGUUUAAGCCUGCACCUGGUGGCCAUCUUCGUGGGCUUGGUCUUUGUCAAGUGCGAUGUGGGUGCCAUUGCAGGCAUUGUGGGCGGCAAACUGAGCCAGCCCUACUGCUCUAGCCAGUGCCUGUGCACGCCCACUGCCUUCAUGCCCGUCUGUCCGGAGAACGGCUCGGUCACUUACUUUUCGCCCUGCUAUGCCGGCUGCUCCAAGCAGACCUCCAUCAACAGCUUCCAGCUGUUUGAGGGCUGCAGCUGCAGCGGAGAUCAGACUAUGAACUCCACUGGCCAGAUGAGAGCCACCGCUGGCGCCUGCAGUUCCGACAGCUGCCAGUCGGCCAUAAUUAUAUUCCAGAUUAUGAGCAUAUCGGUGGCUUUUCUUAUGGGCAUCGGAGCAAUAGGCAAGACUUUGAUCACCUUGAGGGCUGUUCUGCCUCAGGAUAAGACUUUGGCUUUGGCCUUUGAGCUCAUGAUCGUGGGACUCUUUGCCUAUGUUCCAGUGCAUCUUAGUUACGACCUGGUGACACGUUCCACUUGUGUCUACUGGGCUCCCAACUAUGAGCGUUGUCUGCUGCGGGAAACCCCCAAGCAUGGCAACAUUAUGGACAUUCUUACUGCCUCGCUCAUCCUGGCCAGCAUCUUCUUUGACAUCUUUGUCUAUGUCUUUGCCAAGGGCUUGAACCUGUACAACUGCAAGGUGACGGAUAACAACUACACGCCCAGUCUAUACGCCCCCAUUCCACACGAGGACACAACAACAGUCUCCGGAAGUGCUCCGAGAGGCGGUAGUCCAGUGACAACCACGACCACAUCCUUGGCCCAGGCCUCGCCAAUGCAACGCCGUGAUGCACCCCAGGAAACUGAAAACCACCAAGGAACAAUCUCCGUUUUCAGGAAUCCCAGUUCUGCGACAACCUCAUCGGGUGGAGCUCAGAGUGUGGUAGAGCCGAAUGGCAGUGGUGUGACCUACGCACAGGUUGUGUUCCCUCCCGACAGACGCAAGCCGGAUGAUGGCAGCACCAGUCCCAAACGAUUGGCAGUGCCUGCCAAUGUCCCACUGCAUCUCCUCUCCGAGUCAGAUGUCCGUAGCCAGUUGGGCAACCUGAAGUCCUUCAAUGCUCCCAAACAGGAGGCAGAUCGCGGUGAGGAUACCGUGGAUACCGAUCAUGUGGUGGUCACACAGCCACAAGUUCAGCCACAAGCGUUGCCCCAGGCAUUUGUGUUUCCACAGACUCAACAACAGGUGCAUCAGGAAGUAGCUCCCACAAGCUCACAUUCUGCAAAUCCAGAGGUAACCCAGCACCAAAGGCUGUCGGAUGAGGCCAGGCCCCAAAGCCCUGAAACAGAUUUCUAAGGAGGCCACAAAAAGUAUUUUAAAUGAGUUUUUAAUAGAUUUCUAAGCUUAAGUUUCGAUGUGCAAAUACAAAUCAUUUGAACAAAUAAAGUUAUUCUUCAUUCCAUUGAAAAA